UGUGAAAGAGCCGCGGCAGGUAGCAGCUGACAGCUCCUGAAAACUUUGCUCGUGAUUUCGCUUCUGCUUCUGUGACGCUGGCUCGACUGUCCUGGCCAGUGUGAGACGGUAAGACACGGAACAGAAAACACAGUGACAGACCGUGAAUACAUGCUGAGCGAAGCAUGAGACGGACACCAUCAUCUGCUGCUCCAUCAGUACGACAGAAUGGACUGGUUGCUUCUCGUUCUUCAUCUUACUCUACUUCUUAAUUCUGCAGUCACCUCCCUUCCUGCACCAGUCAACGUUUCUGUUAUCUCCAAGAACUUCCGCCAUGUCCUCCGCUGGGACCCUGGGCCUGGCUGUCCACCAGGGACACAGUACAUGAUCUCAAAGAGGCCGAGGACGAGCCAACGCGAAAGGCUGCACAACUCAACAAGAACAUCAUUUAAACUGAAGCUCAACAACAUGAGGACGUAUACUCUGAUGGUCCAGGCAUCCUACAACCAAACCCUGUCUCCAUGGUCCUCCAGUGUAACCUUUACGCCUUUCAAAGACACCAAAAUAGACCCUCCAGACUUCUCACUGGCUGGAUGUGGGAACUGCAUCCAGGGCAACAUUUCGCUGCUUGAGGCUGAAACAGAAAUCGAUAUCCGGAAAUUGUACGAUGUUCGUUUCAAAGUCUUGUGGCACAAAACAGAAGAAGAAAAAACAAAGUUGCAGGACCUUGAAACACAGAACAAGAGUUUUACUCUUCGCAACCUGGAAAAAGGUGUGGAAUACUGUGUACAGGUGCGCCUGGAGAUUCUUUUGAACAAAAACACUGAGCCAUCUCCUUGGAAAUGCACCUUUACUAGCCAUGUUGAGCAUGGAAAUGGUCCUUUUGUUUUAGGUUCAGUUACUGCUAUUCUGAUUUUUCUUUUCAUCGCCCUGACGAUCGGCGCAUCUCUCCUCUACUACACUGGAUUCCUUUGUAAACUGCAGACAGCUGAGCCCAGGGCGCUAAUUACGGCUCUGAGCCCAGGCUACACCCUGACCCCAGAGAAGACAACCCUAGACUGGAUCUCCAUUAGCUCAGAGAUGAGGAAGCGGAGAAAGUAUAAUCUCCCAACACUGCUUCCAGCCACUGGGGAAGCCAACUUUGAGGUGAGUGAUGACGAUGAAGAUGAUGAGGACAAGCUCAACGUCUACAUGGACAUAGGUGCAGGGCUUUCUUCAGGUGAAACACCCUGCCAAGACUCGAGUAAUGUGUCCGGAAAGAGCAAGCCAGCCGCCUUAAGGUCAUCAGUUAUGGUGGAGGCACCACACACAGACUUUGACCAAGGUGAGGCUAAAGCUGAGGAAGCUGAAGUUUCUUUAAUGCAUAGGUCGGGUGAAACUGGAGUCCAGGGACAAGUGGAGAAGGAGGAAAUGAAGGAGGUGGUGGAAAUGCAGGACCUGUCAAAUGUCAAUCUGUUCUCGGUCACCCUUGCUGCAUUUGCAAGAGAUGAUGAAGAGCAGGAGGACGAAGAGCAGAGUUCAGGAGACUCUCUCACAGACUUUUUGAAAAUGCCUACUCAGGGGCAUUUACUUGCCUCAGACUCAAAACGGACUUUAAAUCACACAUACGCACAAACUGAAUCAGACAAUAACACACCCUUUUCACUGCAAACUAUGCAUACAGACAUUAUUACAACUGGAUAUGAAGGCAGGUGUACAGACAUCUGGAUGCAGCACGAAGAAGACGAGGAGGAGGAAUUCUCUGGGUAUUUGGGACACAGAUGAUGUGUUGCUCUGGUGUGUUACUGUAUGAAUAUCAUUUAUUUAUGAGUACCAUUUAUGCAUUUCUCACAGUCGGUAUAUUCUUUAUGAAACAUUUGGAUGUAAUUAAAAAGGUUAAUUUUG